UAAGAGUUUCUGUUAACCAGCUAGGGCACGCACCCGGGUCAGUGAAAAAACAUCAGUGCUUUCCAAAGUACUUUGUGAAACUCUAGGAGACAAAACGCAAAACAAUUGAAAUUGAAAGGAAAAAGAAGCGAUGAUAGCCAGCCGACAGCAAUAUGUGUAAAUUCAAGCCUCUCUGCGACGGUGAGAGCUCCCGCGAGGAGUGGCGCUUGAACAACCAGCUUAAACCCGCCACGGUUAUCGUUUAUCUGUGUCUCUUUCUUCGUCGUCGCGACAGGUUCGUUCCGCGUUUUCGGAUUCGGCAAUCUUACGUUUUUCGAAUUUAAACAAAUAAUAAAUAAAUAUUGUUGGUCGCGAGUGUUAGUCGCGAGUGUAAGCGUCUUUUUUUUAUGUUUUUAGCGUGUGUUUUGUUGCAGUACGUAGAAACCAAGCCAAGCCUAUCCCAACAGCAACAACAACAAGUGCGCGAGUUCAAAAGCAACAAACGUGUGGCGACAGCUGUUCAAGUUUCUUUUCGGCCAAAAUGCAAAGUUAAUGCAAUGCGGGGGCGAUAAAAUAAAACAAACAAAAGCCAAAAGCAUUUACCGUUGGGCAAAAACAACAAGUGAGCCACCGAAAGACAAAAACAAAAGCAAUAACUAAGGAAAAGAUAAGCAAAGAAGGCGUCGCAAAAAGAAGAAGAAGAAGAGUUUGCGCAGUCACGUGUGCAGUCGACGUCGGCUGCGGCAGAGGAAGAUUCCCAUGCGUAAAAUUCACAUUCGCCAUGAUGAUGGAAAGCGAGACGAUAAUGAAGGAGAGGUUAAAGAAGGAGCGACAAUCUGCAACAAAAACUAACAGCUGUUAAAGAGGGACAGCUACCGCGUCAAUGUCUGACGAAGUGCCUUUGGGUCGCCUAUCGCAAAUCUUCGAUACGCUCACCAAUCUCCAGCAGCAGCAACAGCAGCAGCAGCACCUGCGAUCCCAGGAGCAGCAGCAUUCGCAACUACACCCGCAUCCGCAUCCACAUCCGCAGCAGUCUCCUGCGGAUCAACGAAGAAGAUCCGCCUCCUCAUCGCCAUCGCCAUCGGCCAGUGCCUCUGCCUCGACUUCUGGGCGAGCCACGCCUUCCUUGGGCGUGGCCAGCCCCCUGAAUACACUGCAAUACUACAGCCCCUCGCACAACUACUUCCUGCGGCCGCAAGACGGUGGGAUCAGCGGUGGCUACCUGCACACCUUUCCCUCGCACCUCUACCACCACCACCACCAGCAGCAGCAGCACCACCACUAUCAACAGCACCAACUGCACCACCUGCAGCAGAGCAGCCAGCCACCCUCGCUGCCCAGCCAGUUGGGCGGUGGGCGUGGCUGUCUAUCGGGCUCACAGUCGCUGCAGGGAUCACCACUUUUGGCCAAGAGGGCAACCUCGUUCAGUGGACAAAUACCUGUGGCUCAGGGUCGCUUUGCCAGUGGAGGAGGUGGAGGAGGAGGAGGAGCAGGUGCCACCGCCUCCACGCCCAACAGUCCCAGGUUGCUGCCCCGACGCAUGCCACGCCCACCGCCCAUUCCGGCGAAGCCGCAUCAAGCAAAAGCGGAACAACAACAGCAACAGCAGCAGCAGCAGCAGAGGGAUCGGGAGCCAAGGGAAGCGAGUGGUGCCAUCGCGGCUCAGUCCAUUGUGAAUCCCGUGCUGGCAGCCUUGGAUGCUCCGGAUGCUCCAUGGCCGCACUUCUCGGCGCUCACCGAGCACCUGGACGUCCACCAGGUGAACAACUACGGACAGGCUUUGCCCGAGAUUAAUUGGCAAGAACGGUGUCUGGAGCUGCAACUGGAGCUGCAUCGAUCCAAGAAUCAGGCGGGGCGUAUACGCGAUAUGCUGCGAGAAAAGCUAACGGAGCUGGAACAACGCGUCAUCGAAGCGGAAGAACGCGCCGAGGAAGCUGAAGAUAAGGUGCGUGCCAUGGAGCAACGGCUGAGUGAGUGGCCCAAGCAGCCGCCCCAACAGUCCCAGCAUCCGCAUCCCCAUCCGCAUCCGCAUCAGGCAGGAGCCAACCAUCCGCAGGAGCAGCAGGCCAGAAGCAACAGCUCGCCGAGUCAUCAGAUAGGCGGCUCCACGGGAUCAGCAGCGUCGGCCGGAUCAGGUGCCCCGCCCAUCCAGGAAGCGGAGAAGACCAUCACCUCGUUGGAGAUUCAGGUGGAGGAGCAGAGACAGCUGCGCCUGCACGACGCCCGGCAAAUCGAGGCCAAGGCCGCCAAGAUCAAGGAGUGGGUGAACAACAAGCUGCGCGAUCUCGAGGAACAAAACCAGCUGCUGCGCGAGCAGAACGUCAAGUGCAACCAGCAGUUGGAGCUGCUCAAGAACCACAUAGCCAACCAGUCGCAGCGGCACAGCAUAGUUGGUCCUGUGCGAAACAGCCUCAGUCUAGACGUUCAGGACUUCACCGGCUCGGGCUCGAAUCCCGAGCAUCGGAGGAGGAGCGAGAGCCUUGAUCCCCAGGAGAUCAUCGGCCGACCCCUGACCAGCUCCUAUCCACACCACCAGCACCGGCGAAACCUCUCGAUGGAGCCGCAGGAGCUGGAGAGAAACCUGGUGGCAGCGGUGGACGGCCUGACCCUUGCGCCUCUGUCCAGCAUCUCCAGCAAGGCACCCGGCGGCAGAGGAGGCUCCACGGGAGCCGGGGGCGUUCCCAGGCCAGAUAGCUCCGAUACGGACACCGCCCACGACUAUGCGGAGAUCUACACGCCGUCUUGCGAGAAGCUGCCCGCCUGGAUGAAGAACAACCCGGCCCUGAUGGCCAGUGGCGGUAACUCCAGCACGACCACCACGACGACUAGUGAACUGGGCGUGCCACGCCCACCUACACCGCCGCUGCAUCGGUUCCCCAGCUGGGAGGCCAAGAUCUAUCAGGUGGCCAACGACGGACUGGCCGGAGCGGGAACGGGAGCCAGUACCGCCGAAAGUACGGCCAGCCAAGAGCCGGACAUCCAGGAGGGAACUGCAGCUGGAACUGGAAUGGCAACGGGAGCGGGAGCGGGAGCGGGAACCAAUCUCUCCAACGGCCGACGGCAUGGUCAUAGCCAUGCAUCCGGAGAUGGACACGGCACGCUGGGCAGUACGCCGGGAACCCCGCUGCCACCGUCGAGGCAGCAACAAACCGCCAGCGGCGGCUUCUGUGAUAUAUCCGUGCCCGUCUACGCAACGGUCAAAGGUCGAGCCUCGCAGAUCCGCUCGAUGCCGUUCACGGGCGACUCGAGCGACGACUCCAGUGACGGCGAGGACCACGCGGUGAUGCUCACCCACCACUCGCACAACUCCUCGAGCACGGACAACACGGAGACCUCCACCUCCGGCAGCGCCUCGAGUCCCUCGAAGAGCCUGAAGACCUCAUCCAGCCUGAGUCCGGCCAAGCGGAGUGGCUCGGAGAGCCCCAAGAACGCCAAGGCGCGAGUCCACCUCCAACCACGCGUCUCCACCACCACCACGCCCUCCAGUCACAUCAACCAGCAUCUCCAACCACAACCACAACCACAACAACCGCACCACCAACACCACCAACACCACACUCUGCCCCACCUCCACAGUCAUAACCACCAAUUGGGACCGUACACGGUGGCGCCGUCGAGUGGGCAGAUAACGCUGCCACGCCCCCGUCCCGUCAACGCCCCCUCCCCCCUCCUCCAGCACAUGCGAGGCACAGUAAUUUCAGAUCUCUCCUUUGAAUCAGGCCUCUCGGACGACUACGCCCUGCCCCCCGACGCCGUCUCGGAGUCGACGUGCAUGGACGCCUCGAUGCCAUCGCUGCUGAUGCGCCAGUCCUACGUGGACUCGCCCAGCAAGAAGAUUGAGUCGCUGGAGAAGAUGGGCCACCUGGCCAAGCUGGGCGGCAAGCUGAAGACCUGGCGCAAGCGCUGGUUCGUCCUGAAGAACGGAUCGCUUAACUACUGGAAGAGCCAGCACGACCUGCAGCGGAAGCCCCAGGGGCAAAUCCUACUGGACGAGGCCUGCCGCAUCAACCGGGCGGAAGGCGCCUCCACCUUCGAGAUCGACACCGGCAAGAAGGUCUACUACCUCACGGCAGACUCGCACGCCACCAUGGACGACUGGAUCCGGGUGCUGCAGAACGUGCAGCGGAGGAACGCCACCAAGCUGCUGCUGAGUCGCGACGACCAGAAGCCCACGGUGCAGGGCUGGGUGACCAAGGUGAAGAACGGUCAUCCCAAGAAGUGCUGGUGUGUGCUGCUGGGCAAGAUGUUCCUUUACUUCAAGGCUCCGGCCGAAACGAACCCAUUGGGCCAGAUAAAUAUGCGCGAUGCUCGAGUAGAGGAGGUGGAACACGUCUCCGACUCGGAUUCCGAGGAGCGGGAGGAUGCCGCCCAGGAUCAGGCUAGACUCACGGUUGCCAUCUAUCCAGCGCACCAGGGACCAACCUACCUGAUCCUUUCCGGCAAGCCUGAGCGGGACAACUGGCUCUAUCACCUGACUGUCGUUUCUGGCGGCGGUCCAAGUGCUGGCACGCAGUACGAACAGCUCGUCCAGAAGCUCAUGGAGACCGAUGGCGAUCCUAACUGCGUGCUGUGGCGCCACCCCAUCCUAUUGCACACCAAAGACACCAUCACGGCCCCGCUGUCGUCUAUGCAUACGGAAACCAUGCAACCGGAGGCAAUUAAGCUCUUCAAGAGCAUUCAGCUGUUCAUGUCGGUGGCGGUCAACCAGCCGGGCAUCGACUACCACGUAGUGCUCGCCCAGAACGCGCUCCAGCAUGCGUUGGACAUGCCCGAGCUUCAGACGGAGAUGAUCUGCAUCCUGAUCAAGCAGACCUCCCGGCACAUGGGCCAAAAGCUCAGUGUCGGCGUCCAGGUAAACAAGAAGCUGGGCAAGCAAACGCGCCAACUACUGUUGUGUGCCACUCAAAGCCUGUUCACCUGUGAUACCCAACAGGCGGGCCACGCCCAAGCCAACGGCAGUUCGCCCACCUCCAUACAGGCUCCUGCUGCCACACCCAUAAUCGACUGCAAGAGCAACCCGCCCGCCUACAGCUUCGUCCAGGGCUGGCAGCUCCUUGCGCUGGCCGUGUCGCUCUUUGUCCCGCGCUCGAGUCGUCUUCUCUGGUACCUCAAGCUGCAUUUGUCCCGGAACGCUGACACCAAGACGGAGACGGGCAAGUACGCCGCCUACUGUGAGCGGGCUUUGGAAAGGACCCUAAAGAACGGGGGUCGCGAGACGAAGCCCUCGCGGAUGGAGGUUUUGUCGAUUCUGUUGAAGAACCCGUACCACCACUCGCUGCCGCAUGCGAUACCCGUGCACAUGAUGAACACCACUUACCAGGUGGUUUCCUUUGAUGGCUCCACCACCAUCGAGGAGUUCCAGGCCACUCUGGCCCACGAGCUUGGCACGAGGGAUGCCACCAAUGGGUUCUGCCUGUUCAGCGACGAUCCGAUCGAGAAGGAUUUGGAGCACUACCUGGAGCCGCUGGCCAAGCUGUGCGACGUAAUCAGUAAGUGGGAGACGGCGCUGAGGGAGAAGGGAUCGGGCAAGUUUGAGAACUCACGAGUGAUCCAGCUGAGCUACAAGAACCGUCUCUACUGGAAGCACACCAUCAAGUGCGAAACGGACAAGGAGCGCCUGCUCCUCUGCUACCAGACGAACUCACAGAUUGUCCAGGGCAGAUUCCCCCUGUCCAGAGAACUGGCCUUGGAGCUGGCCUCGCUGAUGUCGCAGAUCGACAUGGGCGACUACUCGCUGGAGAAGUCCCGAGACGUCGGCGUGGGGCUUAAGGGGCUGGACAAGUUCUAUCCGUACCGAUACAGGGACGCACUGGGAGCCGAGCAGUUGAAGGACGUGCAGGAGCUACUGGUCUCCAAGUGGAUGCUGCUCAAGGGACGCUCUACCCUGGACUGUGUGCGCAUUUACCUCACCUGCUGCCGGAAGUGGCCGUAUUUCGGCGCCUGUCUGUUCCAGGCGAAGCCCCGCCAGAGUCCGGAGUCCAACAGCGCGGCGGGCACUUCUCCGGUUGCCUGGCUAGCGGUGGCGGAAGAUGCCCUCAAUGUGCUCGAGCUGUCCACAAUGGCGCCGGUGGCCAGGUAUCCCUACAGCUCCGUGAUGACCUUUGGCGGCUGUCAGGACGACUUUAUGCUAGUGGUUUCCCUCGACGAUGGCGGUGGCUGUGAGCAGAAGCUUCUGUUUGCCAUGAGCAAGCCCAAGAUCUUGGAGAUCACGCUGCUCAUUGCCGACUACAUGAACGCUCUGGGACACACGGUCCCCGGCACUCCGCAGAUGAACUCCCUAACUCGGAAUGGCUCGCAUCGCUCGCUGAGAGCUUCCCAACGUCCGACUUUGGGCGGUGGAUCGGCGGUGGCCACCGGGUUCUCCACAAACGCCACCACCACGGCCCACAACACGCUCAAUUCUCACGCCACGCACACUCUCAACUCGAACCACUCGCACACGCUGAGCAGUUCUCACCACGCGGGCGGAGGAAGUCAGCCGGGCACCCUGAGCUCUGGACACCAUCCGCACCACCAUCACCAGCAACACCACCAGCCGGACAUACUGAAGAGCACGCCGGAUCAUCAGAGGAUCAAGUAGAGGAGAGGAGAAUCGAAGAGGAGGGAUCGCUGAUUGGAGGAUUACCUAUAUGAUGGGCAUUGCCCUCAUGGACGGAAAAAAGAGAGGGAGGAUCAUUGUACAUAAAAGAGGAUCACAGCUGAACACCAGACAUAUACGACUUAACAGAUACAUAUGCACCAGCCUAGCGGCUACAAAUAUACACCUAAUGCUAGAGAGUCAAGAUAAUGAUAGGUUGCGAGAACGAGAACGGAUGGAUAGCUAUAGGCGACGUAGCUUAAGCGGCCUGGGAUGGACCUUAUUCUCCUUGCGCACCACACACUAAAGUUCUUUAUUAAGCUAACAAUGGUACUCUAAACUUAAUUUGUACACAGCAGCAGCGGGCAUAUAUGUAUAUAUAGUAUAUACAUAUAUGAGAUAUUUACUUUUUUUUAAUAGUCCUAAGCCCAGCGUACUCCAAGUUGUAAGAGGUACGCGAACAAAACUGAAAACAGAACUUGAAUUGUUCUUGUCUUAUAUUUAUUUUUUUUUUUGUUAACCAACCAACAAACAAGCAAACAUACCUGUAGGAAUGUUAUAUUCGAGUGUUCUUGCUCUUCGAUGCUUUGUAAUGAAUCUCAAUUUGUAAUUGUCCCUCCAUGCGCGAAACUGCCUUUUAAAUUUGUAGAUGUCGGAGCCAAGAACGAGAAAACCAAACAAAACGAAGCUAAAAACAAGCGAACUAGCAUUAGCAGAAACUAAUUGAAAACAAAAAACAAAUAUUUUCUAAAGGAUUUUUCAAGCCCAGUGCAGGACGAGCAUUAUAACCAAGCAUCCCAUCUAUUCAUAGGUACGCCUUGAUUCGUAUGGUUUCCGCUUCCGCUCAAUUAGCGAAUUUACCGACCCCAAACAUUUAUUUUUAAAAAGUUUUAAGCCUGUUCCGUGUCUAGAUGUGGAACCAAAAUUCAUUCGCCAGAGCUUCAGCAGAAAUCUUAUACCAAAAAUUAAGUAAACCAACACUCGCCCCGAUAAAUUAUUUUCCACUUUUUUACACUCCCCAAAAAAAAAGCAUAUGCAUUCAUAUAUACAUACAUAUACAUUUAUAUAUAUAUAGAGGUAUAUUGAAAGCGUAUACAUGGAUUCGGAUUCGAUAUUUAACAAAAUUUAUACACACCAAAUUAACGAUUUAACAGUGUAAAUGCUAGAAGCGCAUUUUUUUCCUAAUUGUAAAGAUUUGAUAUUACAAAUUUAUAUGCGCCGAGACGCAACGAAAACAGAAACUAAACGAGAGAACCGAGCAUCUCAUUGGAAAGAAUCGAAAAUCGAAGGCUUGCAAGCGAAUAUAAACUAUAUAGGCGAAUGUAUCACACUCCAGUGAAACGAAAUAUAUAUAUAAAUAUAUAUAAAGGAAAAUUAUCUAUUAAAAAUAAACCAAAAACAAACUGUCGACUUCAAUCUUUCAGAUUUUGGGUAUUGCAGCAUUCAUUUAGAGAGCGCACGGUUUUUUGCCCAUUUAUUAAACAUUGUAAUUUGCCUUAAUUUUAUACAUAUAAAUUGCCUAAAACUGUUAUCAUUUCUUUAUUUUAUUUUCUUGUCUUAUUUUUCGUUUUUCUUGCUAUGCUUUUGCAGUUUGUUUCAAUCACCACGGCCGGAUUCGCUAUGCAGACAAUCCUAUCGGCACAGCAAUUUCAUCUACAAUCUAGAUACAUAUUUAUACACAAACACACGGAUUUACAGAUUAGGAUCG